AAUUGGAAUCGAGCUCGUCUGGUAUAUAAUAAAUGAUCCAGGCGUACAACAUUCUUGAGUUCAGAAUUAGCGUUGGUGUGUUCAUUCUUCUGUCCAAGAAAACAGGGAUCUUUGUGUCUUCCCGACGAUCAGCAGCCUGGGCAGAGACAGCAGGGAAAAUCAACCAUGCCUUUCAGCAGCACCCACAACCAGAUGAAGAUGAAGUUCUCAGCGGAGCAAGAGUACCCUGACCUCAGCCAGCACAAUAAUCACAUGUCGAAAGUGUUGACUCCGGCGAUGUAUAAAAGCCUCCGGGACAAACAAACUCCCAGUGGAUUUACACUGGAUGAUGUCAUUCAAACCGGGGUUGAUAACCCAGGCCACCCGUUUAUCAUGACAGUGGGGUGUGUGGCUGGAGACGAGGAGACCUAUGAAGUCUUCAAGGAUCUGCUGGACCCUGUCAUUAAGGACAGACAUGGAGGAUACAAGCCCACAGACAAACACAAGACUGAUCUGAACCCUGAACACCUGAAGGGUGGGGAUGACCUGGACUCCAACUAUGUCCUGAGUUCCCGAGUCCGUACUGGCAGGAGCGUCCGUGGGUUCUGCCUGCCUCCCCACUGCAGCCGUGGAGAGCGCCGUGCUGUUGAGACACUCUCCAUUGACGCAUUAAGUUCCUUAAGUGGGGACCUGAAAGGCAAAUACUAUGCUCUGAAGAACAUGACAGAGGAAGAGCAGCAGCAGUUGAUUGAUGACCACUUCCUCUUUGAUAAGCCGGUCUCUCCAUUGUUGCUGGCUUCUGGGAUGGGCCGUGAUUGGCCUGAUGCCAGGGGAAUCUGGCACAAUGAGAAGAAGACUUUCCUGGUCUGGGUCAAUGAAGAGGAUCACCUACGAGUCAUUUCCAUGCAGAAGGGUGGGAACAUGAAGGAGGUCUUCACCCGCUUCUGCACUGGCCUCACCAAGAUUGAGAGCCUGUUCAAACAGAAAGGUCAUGCUUUCAUGUGGAAUGAGCACUUGGGCUUUGUGCUGACUUGCCCCUCUAACCUGGGCACUGGCCUACGUGGUGGAGUACACGUCAAGCUGCCCAACCUCAGCAAACAUGACAAAUUUGGUGAGGUGCUGAAGAGGCUGAGGCUCCAGAAACGUGGAACAGGUGGUGUGGACACUGCAGCUGUGGGCGGAAUCUUUGACAUCUCCAAUGCUGAUCGUUUGGGCUUCUCUGAGGUGGAGCUGGUGCAGAUGGUGGUGGAUGGUGUCAAGCUGCUGGUGGACAUGGAAAAGCGUUUGGAGAAGGGCGGGUCCAUUGAAGACCUCAUACCUGCACAAAAGUGAACACUCAUUGCGUUAAACCACGCGCCCCCCGCCCCCCCACCCCAACCCUCCAAGUGUACCUUUUGAUCAAAUAACCUUAUCCAUAUUGAGGAAUACACUUCUACACUUCUGUUGAGUGCUGGAGACUCUUAAAUUAGUGAAAGUGGGUCUUCCGUCAUUGUGAUCAAAGGCUGUUUGUAUCUCACAGGUAUUGGAAUUCGCUUAUGGAAAGAUUGUACACCUGAAAAUAAAUAUGCUUGGCCCAUGG